AUGUCGAACGUCAAGGACAUGCACAUCUGCAUUGCCGGCUCAGGUAUGCCAUCAUCUCACCCUUCCUCAAAAACACCCACUGACAAGCAAAUAGGCAUGGGCGGCCUCGCAUGCGCCCUCUCCCUCGCCCGUCAAGGCUUCACUAAGAUCUCCGUCUAUGAAUACGCCUCCUCUCUCGGAUUCGUGGGUGCAGGCAUCCAACUAGCUCCCAACAUGGCACGUAUCCUCGACCGCUUGAACGUGUGGGCACCCAUCCAGAAAGAAGCUGUGGAUCUCAAGGACACUUCCAUUCGUCAGGGGUCCAGUGAUGCCGAAUUGGCCAAUGUGCAGUUGGGCUAUGUCAAGGAAAUGUAUGGGUACCCGCACAUGGUGGGCCAUCGCUCGUCUCUGGCGGGAGAAAUGUACAAUGGGUGUAAAGAGGAGAAUGCGGCAAUCACCUUCCACUUUUCGCACUCUGUGCAAAAAGUACACUCUUGGACCCCAAAAGUCAAGUUUGAAGUCAAGCCCAGAGAUGGCGAGGCCUUUGACGUGGAAUGCGAUAUUCUUCUCGGCGCCGACGGUGUAAAAUCCGACAUCCGCGAUCAAAUGCUCGCUCUCCUCAACAUUGAUGCCAAAGUCGUGGAUUCGGGACAGGCAGCCUACAGAAUCAUGCUCAAGAGAGAAGACAUGGCCCACGAUCCCGAACUCCUCGAACUUAUCGAUGCAGAGAGAGCAACACGAUGGAUCGGAGAACGACGCCACAUCAUCGCUUACCCGGUCUCCAACAACACAAUUUACAACCUCAGUACCGCACAGCCAGACGUCAAUUUCGCUGCUGCACCAUCAGCCACCUACACCACCAAAGGCAGCAAAAAGGAAAUGCUGGAUGUAUACUCUGAUUUCUGCCCCAAGAUCCAGAAAAUGCUGAAUAUGGUGCCCGAAGGCGAGGUUUGCGAGUGGAAGCUGAGAGUGCAUGCGCCGUUGCCGACUUGGGUGCAUGGAAACAUGGCGCUGGUGGGGGAUGCCUGUCAUCCCACUCUGCCACACAUGGCACAAGGAGCUGCACAAGCGAUAGAAGACGGAGCCGUGUUGGGAGUCGUGUUGAGCAAGUUGCCUGAUACGAGUGCGGAGAGCAUCAACAAGGCCCUCAAGGUUUAUCAAGAGUUGAGAAAGAACAGAGCAGAAGGUAUUGUUGCAUUGGCAGCAGCAAAUGGAAGAGAGAUGCAUUUGGGCGAUGGAGCGGCCAAGGAGGCUAGAGAUGCGGCGUUCAAGGCUAUCAGAGAUGGGACAGAGGGGGCCAAGGUGCCGGAUAGGUGGGCGGACGCUGAUGUGCAGAAGAUGGUCUAUGGGUAUGAUUGUUGGAACGAUGCCGAGCAGCAGUUUGAGACGUUGUUCGCCGCUGCUUGA